UCUCCCUCCUAAAGACCCGUUCUGAAUUCUCUGUCUCUCUCUCUCUCUCUCUCUAAAAGAUAUUCAUUUGUCGUCUCUUUCAUCUGAGGCCAAAACCUGCGAUCUUUCAUGACGUCUCACGAGAAAGGUCGGCCACUGCCGAAAUUUGGUGAGUGGGACGUCAAUAAUCCAGCCUCAGCUGAUGGAUUUACAGUCAUCUUUGCUAAGGCCAGAGAUGAAAAGAAAGCUAAAGGCACUGCAGCAAAUGCUGCACCACCGCCAACUAGUGAAAACGAGCCUCAGCAAAACCAAUCUAAUGAGUUCCCGAACAAGAAAAAGUGGCUUUGCUGUUUCUAAAAGUUGGUGGGAGCAGUGAAAUCGGAAAGAUGGUGUGAAGAGAUGUAGAGUUCAAAGCGGGCGGAUUCAGAUUACAGACAAUUUGAAAUUUCUCCUCGCUUUUGUAAAUGUAUGUGUGAAACAAGUACAAAGAGAUUUCUAUAUUUCUACC